AGAGGGGCCGGGCGGGCUCCGCGCAAACCUGCGCGCCCCGGGGAUGGAUGGCGAGGAUGCGGGGGACGGCCGGGCUGCUGUGAAGAAAGUAGCGGGGCUGGCUGGAGGCUGGAGAGCGGGACAUGUUGCUGGUGCCCCCCUGAUGCUCCCUGGGUGGCGAAGGGGAGGCUGGUGAGGAGCUGGAGGACGGCGACGGGAGGCCACGCUGGGGGAAACCCGAAGCUCCGGCGGGGAAGCCAUGGGGAGAUGCAACGGGAGAUGUACGCUGGUGGGAUUCUGCUGCCUGCAGCUGGUCGCGGCGCUGGAGAGGCAGAUCUUUGACUUCCUGGGCUACCAGUGGGCACCCAUCCUGGCCAAUUUUUUGCACAUCAUGGCCGUUAUUUUGGGUAUUUUUGGGACCGUCCAGUACAGAUCCAAAUACCUCAUGAUGUACGCGGUGUGGCUGGUGCUGUGGGUCGGCUGGAACGCCUUCAUCAUCUGCUUCUACCUGGAGGUCGGACGCUUGUCGCAGGACCGGGACUUCAUCAUGACCUUCAAUACCUCACUGCACCGCUCCUGGUGGAUGGAGAACGGGCCAGGCUGCCUGGUGACCCCGGUGCUCAACUCCAACCUGGCACCUGAGGACCACCACGUCAUCACUGUCAGUGGCUGCCUGCUGGACUACCAGUACAUCGAGGUCCUGAGCAGCGCCACGCAGAUAUUCCUGGCGCUCUUUGGCUUCGUCUACGCCUGCUAUGUCAGCAAAGUGUUCCUGGAGGAAGAAGACAGCUUCGACUUCAUUGGCGGAUUUGACUCCUAUGGUUACCAGGCACCUCAGAAGACGUCACACCUACAGCUACAGCCGCUCUACACCUCUGGGUAAUCUCCUCCUGCCUUGGACUCAGCCCUGGCCUGGAGUGGGACCCAGCGGCCACAGGACCCCCCUGGACUGAACUGUCCCACACCCAAUGACAUGACCCCCAGCGAGGGGGGGGACACAUGGUGCUGAGCUGCCCACCCCCCUCCUGCAGGACCCCCAAAAACACAAGUGGGAGCUGCACAUCUGUUGACCUGGGAUGUCUCCGAGCUCAAACUCUGGUGGGACAGGGGGGCUGGGUACAGGGGGGAUCCCCCCCAAGCAGUGCUGCUCCCCUGGGCUCCCACGCCCUCCCCAGGAUGGGGACAUGGGGACACACAGGGAGGUGGCAUCACUCACUGGACACCAUUUUCUUCUGUUGCUCCCAGACUGGUUCUUCCUUGGAGCACUGGGGCCCUUCCCUGCAUGCCAGGCAGGGGAGGGGAGGGAGGGCUGGAACGGGAUUAGGGUGAAAACCAGAGAGUUUGGAGCAAACUGGGAUGAGGGAGGGGGAUAAACACGGCUUUGGGGACAGCAGGGUACACAGGGCAGCUUCAUUCUCCACAGGGUUGGGAAGUCGCCCCAAAACGCUGGAGCUGGGAGUUGGGCUGGCCCCCAAAAUGGGGUUUUUGCUCCCAAAAGGAAUUUUUCAGCCCCCCUGGCUCGAGGAAACCACAUGGAAGGGGCUCAGCCCAGGAUGCUCGCCUGGCCCCAAGGGGCUGGGUCUGGCUGUCAGCACCUUGCCUCAGCCCCCCCAAACCUGGGCAUGGGAGGGGUGGGCAGAGCACCCCAAAACCCUCCUGCAAUUCCCCCCCUCCCCACCAUCCCUGCCACAUUUUGGGUGGGGGUCUUGCUCAAAUUUGGCAAUACUGAUGCUGCUUUCCACACAGCCCCUUUCUGGCUGUUUUAACAAACGUCAUGAAUGUUUUGGAGGUUUUGUUGUUGUCGUUGUUGUUUUGGUUUUAAAUGAUUUGGGUUUGGUUAUUUAUUUAUUUUUUUUAAUUUGAAGUGCCUGAGUAGACUCUGGCUGAGCACGACCCCCACCCCAGGUGAGCCUGUGCUGGCCCCCCACCCACCCAAGGCCAACAUCGUGCCUUCAGCAACGCUCUGCCCCCUCCCCAGGGCUGCCUGAUGCCCCCUCAACUCCUCACCAGGGAAGGGGCAGCUCUCCAACCCC